CAGCGGAGCAUCCCGGCGGUCAAUGUAUACAGGGAGACUGUAUGGUUCAGGUUUGGCGACACUGGCUUUGAAGACAAAACGCAGAGGAUGAGCGGAGAGUUAUUACAUGAAGCCUCAAACACAGAAGAAUACGCGAAAAUGCCGAACUUUAAAUUGACGACGCAAGCCUACUGCAAGAUGAUGCUCCACGGGGCAAAGUAUCCCUUCUGCUCCGUUAAUGGAAUUUUAGUGGCAGAGAAGCGCAAAGACGGACAGCAGCAGGUCCUGUUUGUGGACUGCGUCCCCCUCUUCCACGGUACCAUCGCACUGGCGCCCGUCCUGGAAGUGGCAUUAACACUGAUCGACACGUGGUGCAAAGAGAAUAAUUACGUGAUUGCCGGGUAUUACCAAGCCAAUGAACGUCUUAAAGAUGUGAGUCCAAACCAGGUCGCAGAAAGGAUCGCUUCUCGGAUUGCAGAGGGAUUUAACAAUGCUGCUCUAAUAAUGGUAGACAACACUAAAUUCUCCAUGGAAUGCAUAAUCCCGGCCAUCACUGUGCACGAGUACCACGAUAACCGUUGGAAGUGCAGAGAUCCACAUGAGGAUGUUUUUGAAGACUGGCCGGAAGCCCAGAGGAUUGCUGCGUCCCUCCUGGACAGCAGGUCCUACGAGUCACUCGUGGAUUUUGAUAGCCAUCUUGAUGACCUCCGUAAUGACUGGACCAACCCGGAUAUCAACAAAUCAAUUAUUCAUCUAUGCUAAGGGUGCAGAGAUCUCUGGCUUGGUCCAUACUAUGCAAGAUGACCUCUGAAUGUAAAAACCAUUGGUUAAGGAAACAUGUCUACCGCAGUGGGGAUCAUCAGCCCGAGAAAGCUUAUGGCCUGGGUGAGCUCCAUUUUACCGGCCGGCCCUUACUAAUAAGAAGCUAGAAGAGGUUGAUGCAGUUUGACACCUGUGUCAUAGAGAACGGGAAACGUGUCAGCAGAUUCUGCAGGCUUCACAGUACGGUUACAAUUCUUUCCUGUUUUCUAUGAUCUCAAGAUAAUUUCUAAGGAUAUCUCAGAUUUUUUUUUUUUUUCUGCAAAUGAAAGAAAUUUUAACUAUGACUUAUCAAUGUUAGAUAAUGUUUUCUGUUGUAGUGUAAUUUGUACUUGUUUAUAUAUAA